AGGAGGCAGCGCGGCGGCGGGCGAGGAGGAGGCGGCGGCGAGCCCCCGGCCGGGCCCCGCGCACCGCUCGCAUCCCGCGAAGUGGAGCUGCAACUUGGCCACGACCGCACCUGUUUGCACCACUCCGCCGAAGGCGACCCGGCUGCGGCGGCGGUGACGACGGCGACCCCGGCCCUCGACCUCUUUAGCAAGUGGUUUGCGCCGGAGAGAAACUUUGCGCCUGCGAGCCGGACCGGCGCCGAGUGUGUGUGUUCCUGCCUCCUUUUUUUUCGCGGUCGCCUCCACCUCUCCCCAGCCUCCUCUCUGCCCGGACCUCUCCCCCCUACCUACAUCUCGCUCCGUCUGAGCCCCUCUCCAUCCCCCCGCCCCCCGGCCGUCUAUGCUCCGGGCCCUCUCCGCGCGGUGCCGGUGAACCCGUGAGCCGCCCCGAUGUACAGCAUGAUGAUGGAGACCGACCUGCACUCGCCCGGCGGCGCCCAGGCCCCCACGAACCUGUCGGGCCCGGCCGGGGCGGGCGGGGGCGGAGGUGGCGGCGGCGGGGGCGCCAAGGCCAACCAGGACCGGGUCAAGCGGCCCAUGAACGCCUUCAUGGUGUGGUCCCGCGGACAGCGGCGCAAGAUGGCCCAGGAGAACCCGAAGAUGCACAACUCGGAGAUCAGCAAGCGCCUGGGUGCCGAGUGGAAGGUCAUGUCCGAGGCCGAGAAGCGGCCGUUCAUCGACGAGGCCAAGCGACUGCGCGCCCUGCACAUGAAGGAGCACCCGGAUUACAAGUACCGGCCGCGCCGCAAGACCAAGACGCUGCUCAAGAAGGACAAGUACUCGCUGGCCGGCGGGCUGCUGGCGGCCGGCGCGGGCGGCGGCGGUGCGGCCGUGGCCAUGGGCGUGGGUGUGGGCGCCGCGGCCGUGGGCCAGCGCCUCGAGAGCCCGGGCGGCGCGGCGGGCGGCGGCUACGCGCACGUCAACGGCUGGGCCAACGGCGCCUACCCCGGCUCGGUGGCGGCGGCGGCGGCCGCCGCAGCCAUGAUGCAGGAGGCGCAGCUGGCCUACGGGCAGCACCCCGGCGCGGGCGGCGCGCACCCGCACGCGCACCCGGCGCACCCGCACCCGCACCACCCGCACGCGCACCCGCACAACCCGCAGCCCAUGCACCGCUACGACAUGGGCGCGCUGCAGUACAGCCCCAUCUCCAACUCCCAGGGCUACAUGAGCGCCUCGCCCUCGGGCUACGGCGGCCUCCCCUACGGCGCCGCGGCCGCCGCCGCCGCCGCCGCGGGCGGCGCGCACCAGAACUCGGCCGUGGCGGCGGCGGCGGCAGCGGCGGCCGCGUCGUCCGGCGCCCUGGGCGCGCUCGGCUCGCUGGUCAAGUCGGAGCCGAGUGGCAGCCCGCCGGCCCCGGCGCACUCGCGGGCGCCGUGCCCCGGGGACCUGCGCGAGAUGAUCAGCAUGUACUUGCCGGCUGGCGAGGGCGGCGACCCGGCGGCGGCGGCGGCCGCCGCGGCGCAGAGCCGGCUGCACUCGCUACCGCAGCACUACCAGGGCGCGGGCGCCGGCGUCAACGGCACGGUGCCCCUGACGCACAUUUAGGGACGCGGGCCACCCUGCGGCCGGCGACGCGCGCCCGGAGCCUCCGGCCCGGCCCGGCGCGGCCUUGCUUUUGUACCGACGUUUCUGCGUUCUUGUAAAAAGGGAAGCGCUGGCGCGGCACACCAGCUGACACGCGCACCCCCUUACCGGGAGCUCCGGGGGACCGCUCGGCGGGACAGCUGUGCGUUUAAGACUGAACUUCGGUGUUUCUUGAGACUUUUUGUACAGUAUUUAUCUUCCGCGGAGGAGGCAGAAAGCGUUUUCUUUGCUCGAGGGGACACAAAGACCAAACCAAGGGAGGCGACUCCAACUUUUCUACCGCGGCCGCGCGCCAGCUCUCACCCCGCGUCGCUUCUUGGCGGUCGGGUGCCAGGGAGCCGGCGAGCUGUUCGCAUUGGUUAUCAAUAGAGGAAGGCAGAGCCAACCCCGAGUUUUUUGUAGUUGUUACCGCUUUUUUGGGUUGGUGUGUUAAUUUAUACAGCGAUUCCCCCCACCCACCCCGUUCAGACGGCAGCGUUAUUUUGGGUUUUGUAAAACUUUCUGUAUCUGAGUAUUUCCCUUUUUUGGUUUUGUUUUGUAAUAUUUCAUGUAAAUGCAUUGUGGAAAUUUUCUUUUAGGCGUUGCGGUGUGGGGAGGGGGAUUCGGAUUAUGUACAGAGUUUCCUAAAAAGCUUUUCUUCUAAAAACGAAAAAAGAACCCCACCCCCAAAAUGCAUCAGCUUUGAGUCAAUAAAUUUAAGAGAGAAAAGCCCGGUUUUUUUUCCCCAUAAACCUGAAACGUGCUCGAUUUAUGUUCAUGUUUUAGGAGCCGAGAAUGCAAUUAGUAAAUCUGACAGAAGAGGAAGAAAAAUGAUCAACAUGAAGUAAAUAAAUAGAACGGAGGGGGCCCCUGGGGAGAGGGUACCAUUUGCACGGAACUGCCUUCAGAGGAAGCGAAGGAAGUUAAAAUCGAUUGGUUGUUUUGUAGCGGUUACGGUGUUAUUAGGGAAUGAGAAGUAAUUGUCCCCCUCACCCCAAAAAAAUAGUUCUGUAGGCUGGCCCUUGGGCGUGUAGUUUUUAACUGCCGGCCACCGCCGGUGGGCUUUGCGAUCCCUUGCUGCGGGCUUUGCCUCUGCCAGCUGGCCCGGGACCUGCGCGCGGUUUGGUCCGGAGGAGAACAGAGACCCCAAGGGCGGGACCGAGCUAUGGAUGGAUGACAAAGACCACGGCGGGGGCGCGGGAGCCCCCAAUUCCUCUGCAAUUAAGGAGAUUGCAAGUGGAAUUUUCCGUUUGGGGCUCAAGGAACCGCACUCUCUAAACCAAAACGUACUGCAACCGAGCUCCCUCCGUCUGUCCUCACUCAGCCCCUCCUUCUGGUCUAUUUCUCCUUGGAAAAGGCCAAAAUCAUUUCGUUGGAUUUUCACACUCAAAAUCGACCACCCCCACAUCCCCUGCGUGAACUGGGAUGCAAACUGCUAACCGAUGUGAACGCAAACUGCCGUGUUUAUGAUUCCUGAUGACAUCUGAGGUCGUUUGAUGCUUUAAAUUUUUUAAUUAUAUUUUUUCUAGGUGUUUCCUGGUACAUUGCAGUUUUUUCUGGAUUUUAAAGUUUUCUGUAAAACUUUGUCUUCAAGUAAUCUGACAUUAAAUACUGCAUUUAAAAGUUAUACUGUAGCAAAUACGUUUUGGAAUUAGCUACAACAUAAAGAUGAAAUUAUAUUUUUUGAAAAGAGCAAAACUUAGGACAGAUCACAAUAUGCUGAUGUCAACAGCCCUCAUUUUCUCACCAUCUCUUUUGGGCCUGGAACCAGCCUAGACCAUGGUCCGAACUCCAUCCUGUGCGGGCGGGUUAAUGAGAACUACAGCCAGCCUGCAUUGGAGAAUAGCUUUAAGUCAGAUGCUAACCUGACAAUUGACACGUGUCAUUUUUGGAAUCACUUUGAUUAAUUUUGCUUCAACUACUCAUUCCUUACAGUGACUGCAAAAAUUUCAAGAAUGGCAAUGUCAGCUGCUUCUUUCUAACAAGAUAAUAAAGUCACCCUUUUUUUUUU